AUGUUCGCUACCCGUGCUGCCACCGUUGCCUUCGCUGUCCUCGUCAGCCUCGCGUCGACCGCCAGAGCCGACUACUACGCAAACUUCUUCGACGACUCAGCCUGCUCGGUCAACGGCGGCGAGGGUGUCUCGAUCCACAACCCUGGCUGCCUCGGCGAGGCAGGUCGUGGAUCCGUCUACAUCCCCAACACGGGCCUCGGUACCACGGGCGACAACCAGUUUUGCCUCGUCAUCACGAACGGCGACGGCACCUGCACAUGUCAGAACCAGGGAUUCGACUUCACUGCGACCGGGUUCUGCAAGACGUUGGACCCGAGUGACCAGAGCUAUCGCUUCAUUGGUGGCGCUUGCUCUUCAAACAACUGCUGA